UAUUUCACUAGCACGCGAAUGCUGAAUUAUCAACUGCAACACUGCAAGUCCACACGUUCGAAGACUGAGAUUCCAUUCCUCGUUCUCACACCGCUGGACGUGCCACAAUAUCAAGUUGAUCAACUAGCCGAAGAAGGAGCAACCAUCAUACCAAUUUCGCUCAUCAAAGUUCCCAGUUGGAUCAAGCCUGGAGCCCAUCGUUGGCAGAACGUCAUGUCAAAGCUCCGCCUCUUCGAACUCACCGAAUACUCUCGAAUCUUGUUCCUAGAUGCCGAUACAUUUAUUCUCAAACCCAUGGACGGCAUCUUCUCCGACCCAGCCUCAUUCCCUCUCAAUACUUCACAACAAGUCAUACAAGAAGAUAACGAAGCGCCUCUACCACCAACCUACCUCUUUGCAUCUCUCCCCGAGGUUCUUCACACCAUGCAUCCCUACCCUCCCCACGCAUGGCGCAACUUCAACGCGGGAUUCUUCCUCUUCUCACCCUCGCUCGCCUUGUUCAAUUACUACCUCUCACUCCUGAACAUCACCAACAGAUUUGAUCCCACGUAUCCGGAACAGAACUUGUUGAAUUAUGCGCACCGGGAGUUUGGGAAUAUGCCCUGGCGGAGACUGGGUGGAAGACAUGGGGAGUGGAAUAUCAAUCUGCCGAAUAUGAAUGAUGUGAGGAAAGGCGUGAGAAGUGUGCAUGCGAAGCUUUGG